GCUUUUCUCUCUCGCAAAGGCGGCAAUGUUGCGCCGCCUGAUCAAGAAUGCGGUGGAUCGAAAUCUCGCGCGACGAUCGCCGCUCGGCACUGGCGCUGGCUAUGCAGCGUUUCACGGCGGGAAUGGUCUCUCGCAGCACAAGGGGCUUGCUGAGAGGAUUGUGCCCCAUGGAGUUCUUCCGCGAGCACCCUAUAAGCUGUUUGGAUGCCCGCUUUCCACUGGUGCAGUAAGCUUGGGCACGAAAGAGCUUGUUUCCGGUGGCAACGUUGCUCAAAAGGCCGUGUCAAGGUGGCUGUACGUGUGCUCCGGUUGGGUGUUCGGCAUGGUUGUUCUUGGAGGAAUGACCCGGCUGACGAGAUCGGGGUUAUCCAUGACGGACUGGAAAUUUACAGGGAGUCUGCCUCCUUUGUCGGCCGAAGAAUGGGAGAAGGAAUUCGAUAAGUACAGACAGUCGCCCGAAUACAGGACAGUUAACAAGGGAAUGAGCUUGGACGAGUUCAAGUUUAUCUACUGGAUGGAGUACGCGCACCGGAUGUCCGGUAGAGCACUUGGUGUUGUGUUUGCGCUCCCCUUCGGCUAUUUUCUCGUCAAAGGCUACAUCACCAGGGAACUUGGAGCUCGACUUGGUGUGCUUCUUGCUAUGGGUGCUGGACAGGGACUCGUUGGCUGGUGGAUGGUUAAAAGCGGCCUUGAGGAGCCUGCUACUGAAGGAGGUCACGCAAGAGUGAGCCCGUAUCGCCUUGCUACGCACUUGGCAUCAGCGUUCGUGAUAUACUCUGGAUUACUUUGGACAGCACUCUCUGUGGCUUCUCCCUCACCACCAUCGCCACAUCUCCCGCAAGUGGUGCUGCAAUCAAUGGCGAGGAUGAGACGCUUGGUGCUUCCAGUUUCCGGGCUGGUUGGACUGACUGCCUUGUCCGGGGCCUUCGUCGCAGGAAACGAUGCGGGACGCGCAUUCAACACUUUUCCGAAAAUGGGAGAUGAUUGGAUUCCCGAGGGCAUUCUUGCACUUCAGCCAACUAUAAAGAAUUUCUUCGAGAAUACCGCAACCGUGCAGUUCAACCAUCGUGUUCUUGCGACGACGACUUUGCUGAGCAUCGGGGCCGUCUGGCUGGCCUCGAGAGGCCUCGCAUUGCCAGGACCGGCGAGCAAACUCAUCACAGGCGCGGUUCACAUGACACUUCUCCAGGUUAGUCUCGGAGUCUACGCACUGCUGAGUUACGUCCCAGUACACGCCGGUGUUGCUCACCAAGCUGGAGCUCUCACGCUCUUCACGAUCAUGGUCGCGCUAGCUCACACUCUCAGGCGCCCCUUUCGUGGAGUCACGGAGACCACAAGGCUGAUGAAUCGCCUCGGCCAAAUCUAAAUCACUUUCUCGAUCGCUUCUAACGCUUGUAUCCCUCGCAAACUUCUCUCGAGAUUUUUUUUUGUCUCUUCUCUCUUUUUGUUCCUGGCAUUCAUGGAAGCUCUUUUUUGGUUCCUGGCAUUCAUGGAAGCUCUUUUUUUAACGUCUAGCUCAAAAGCUCCAACCGCAAAGUCCAAGGCCCGAAUCUCAUGCGUAGCUUUCACUUCAUAGUGGCCUUUGCCUUUGUAAACAUGAUGUAAAUAUUC